CUGAGAUUCCCGUUUUGAAGGUGGUAUCUAAUUUAGGAAAGUAUGGAGUGAGAUAUCCAUUGUUACUCAUAGGAAAACGGGCCCGGAACUUAUAGAUAUCGCGGAACUUAUCGACACGGCGUUGUCUAUAAGUUCCGGCCCCGUUUUCCUGUGGAGAAAAAAUGUAGGCAAGAAGGAAGACACCCUGGAGUCAGCUCCACUGAGAUUGGCACUGUCAGACUCCUCAACACUGGUUGAUCUAUAUUAUAAAUUUGUAGGCUGCCCGGCUCAGCCGCCAGCUAGAGAUAUAAAUGGAUAGACGACCGCCCCCUCCGGAUUUUUACUUGGUUUGAUUCUACGUUGUGCUGUACUCCUGCUUCGACCAUGGGAACCCCAGCCUCAGAUAUCAAGUCGCCAAGCGAGGCGGUAAACAAAUCCGAGACUCAAAGUGUCGUUACACUCUUAGAGCCAACCGGGGCUAAUGAGAAAGCCGGAAGCAUCAAAACAAACGACUGGAAGCUGUCUGGGAGAGUAGAGGAGUUACAUCGGCGUGAUGUUGAGUCCGGCUUUAAAGGUCGACAGUUGGGUGUGACAUGGCAAAAUCUAUCAGUUGAGGUUGUCAGUGCGGAUGCGGCUGUCAGCGAAAAUGUUUUCUCCCAGUUUAAUAUCUUGGAAAAGAUCAAGGAAUCUCGACAUAAACCGGCAUUGAAGACGAUUCUGGAUAACAGCCAUGGCUGUGUGAAGCCCGGAGAGAUGCUUUUGGUCCUGGGCCGUCCCGGGUCUGGAUGUACCACCCUGCUGAAGAUGCUUGCUAAUAGACGUGCUGGAUACUCUUCCUGCACGGGCAAUGUGCAGUAUGGCUCCAUGAAUGCUAAGGAGGCAGAGCAAUAUCGUGGCCAGAUCGUGAUGAACACUGAAGAAGAGCUUUUUUUCCCGACUUUGACUGUCGGCCAGACCAUGGACUUCGCUACUCGGCUUAAGGUCCCUUUCAAGCUUCCCAAUGGAGUCGACUCUUCGCAACAAUCCCAAAAAGAGAGGAAGCAGUUCCUUCUUGAGUCUAUGGGCAUCGAGCACACAAAUGACACUAAGGUCGGAAACGAAUUCGUUCGCGGAGUGUCUGGAGGUGAGAGGAAGCGUGUAUCGAUCAUCGAAACUCUCGCGACAAACGCCUCCGUCUUCUGUUGGGACAAUAGCACGCGUGGUUUGGAUGCAAGUUCAGCUCUCGAUUACACAAAGGCAGUGCGGGCGUUGACUGAUACUCUUGGAAUUGCCUCCAUUGUCACGUUAUACCAAGCUGGUAACGGAAUCUACAAUCUCUUCGAUAAAGCCCUUGUGCUCGAUGGCGGAAAACAGAUAUACUACGGCCCAACAAAAGACGCCCAGCCAUUCAUGGAGGAUCUUGGAUUCAUCUGCGGAAACGGGGCCAAUGUAGCCGACUAUCUUACAGGAGUCACGGUGCCAACAGAGCGAGAAAUACGAGAUGGCUACGAGAAUAGCUUCCCGAGGAAUGCUACCGUGCUUCUCGCUGAGUAUGAGAAAUCACAAAUACGGGAGCGGAUGGCGGCAGAGUCCGACUAUCCAAACACUGCACAAGCCAAGGCGUGGACGGAGGAGUUUAAACAAGCAGUGGCAGAGGAGAAACACAAGCGCCUUCCAGCCUCGAGUUCUUUCACAACAAGCUUUCCACAACAGGUUACAGCUUGUAUCACCCGGCAAUAUCAGAUCAUAUGGGGAGAUAAGGCCACUUUUCUCAUCAAGCAAAUUUCCACUCUCGUGCAGGCCUUGAUUUCCGGUUCGCUGUUUUACAACGCACCGAACAACUCCGGUGGUCUCUUCAUCAAAUCCGGCGCCCUCUUCUUUGCGUUGCUCUACAACAGUUUGAUGGCCAUGUCAGAAGUGACCGACUCUUUCAGCGGACGGCCCGUUCUGAUCAAGCAUAAACAAUUCGCAUAUUUCCACCCAGCAGCAUUCUGCAUUGCACAGAUCGCAGCAGAUAUUCCAGUCAUUCUGUUCCAAGUCAGCAUUUUCUCGAUCGUCCUCUAUUUCAUGGUGGGCCUAACAGCCACCGCUUCGGCUUUCUUCACAUUUUGGAUUAUCGUGGUAGCGACAACCAUGUGUAUGACCGCCAUGUUCCGAGGGAUUGGUGCCGCCUUCUCCACGUUUGACGGAGCCUCUAAAGUUUCAGGCUUCCUUGUAUCUGCGUUGAUCAUGUACACAGGAUACAUGAUCACAAAACCGGAGAUGCAUCCAUGGUUUGUGUGGAUAUAUUGGAUUGACCCCCUGGCCUACGGUUUCUCAGCUUUACUGUCUAAUGAAUUUCAUGGCAAAACAAUCCCGUGUAUUGGCCCAAAUCUCGUUCCCAACGGUGCCACAUACACAGACUCCGCUUACCAGUCAUGUGCGGGCGUUGGGGGUGCAGUUCAAGGCCAGGUUACACUUACGGGCGAUCAAUAUCUUGGUUCUCUCAGCUACAGCUAUUCAACUAUGUGGAGGAACUUCGGAAUCGUUUGGGCUUGGUGGUUCUUUUUUGUCGUUAUCACCAUUGUUGCGACAACAAAAUGGCGCGCCGCAUCAGACAGUGGCCCAUCUCUGCUGAUUCCCCGAGAGUCCACGAAAGAGUUUAAGGCUGUUAAAGUUGACGAGGAAGCACAGGUUCGGAAAGAGACACCCGCCGGAAGUUCUUCUGGAACUGUUGUUGAGAAUGAUAAUGUCGAUGAAGAACUGAUUCGCAACACUUCCGUCUUCACCUGGAAGAACCUGUCGUAUACGGUCAAGACACCUUCUGGAGAUCGCGUUCUUCUAGAUGAUGUUCAGGGGUGGGUCAAGCCUGGCAUGCUCGGAGCUCUAAUGGGCUCUUCUGGUGCUGGUAAGACGACGCUGCUUGAUGUGCUAGCCCAACGAAAAACAGACGGGACGAUUAAGGGGUCUAUUUUGGUCGAUGGACGUGAUGUCCCUAUCUCGUUCCAGAGGUCCGCUGGAUACUGCGAACAGCUCGAUGUACAUGAACCGUUUGCCACCGUCCGAGAAGCCUUGGAAUUCUCCGCCCUUCUCCGUCAGUCUCGCGAUACUCCAAGAGAGGAGAAGCUAAAGUACGUCAACAUUAUCAUUGACCUACUAGAGCUGCACGACAUUGCCGACACCCUCAUUGGGCAGGUUGGUGCCGGUCUAUCUGUAGAGCAGAGGAAACGUGUCACGAUCGGUGUCGAACUUGUCUCAAAGCCCAGUAUCCUCAUAUUCUUAGACGAGCCCACAUCUGGCUUGGACGGCCAAUCCGCAUACAACACUGUCCGAUUUCUGAGGAAGCUCGCAGAUGUCGGCCAAGCAGUUCUAGUGACAAUUCAUCAACCUUCAGCUCAGUUGUUUGCACAGUUCGAUACGCUCUUGCUUCUCGCUAAAGGGGGGAAGUCUGUUUACUUUGGCGAUAUUGGGUACCAGGCACAGACUAUCAAGGAGUACUUCGGACGCUAUGGAGCCCCAUGCCCCUUGGAGGCAAAUCCAGCAGAACACAUGAUCGACGUUGUAUCUGGCCAUUUGUCUCAGGGUAGGGACUGGAACAAGAUCUGGUUAGAGUCACCGGAACAUGAACGUGUCACUAAAGAGCUAGACAAUAUCAUUAAGGACGCGGCAGCCAAACCCCCUGGUACAAUUGACGACGGCCACGAAUUCGCCAUGUCUCUAUGGGAGCAGACUAAGAUCGUUAGCCAACGGAUGAACGUGUCUCUAUACCGCAAUACAGACUAUGUGAACAACAAAUUUGCAUUGCACAUCGGAUCUGCAUUGUUCAAUGGGUUUUCAUUCUGGAUGAUCGGUGACAGCGUCAGCGAUCUACAGCUCGCGUUGUUCACGAUCUUCAAUUUCAUCUUUGUAGCGCCUGGUGUAAUUAACCAGCUCCAGCCGCUCUUCAUCGAACGACGCAGCAUCUACGAGGCCCGAGAGAAGAAGUCCAAGAUGUAUUCGUGGAUUGCAUUUGUUACCGGCUUGGUUACCUCUGAGGUCCCGUAUCUCUGCGUUUGCGCCGUACUCUACUUUGUGUGCUGGUACUACACCGUCGGCUUCUCCAGCGACUCUAACAAAGCCGGUGCGACCUUGUUCGUCAUGCUUAUGUACGAGUUCAUCUACACCGGUAUUGGUCAGUUCAUCGCUGCAUACGCACCUAACGCAACUUUUGCCUCACUCUGCAACCCCGUUAUUAUCGGUACCCUCGUGUCCUUCUGCGGAGUCCUAGUCCCAUACGCACAGAUCCAGAGCUUCUGGAGGUACUGGAUAUACUACCUCAAUCCUUUCAACUAUCUGAUGGGUAGCAUGCUAGUAUUUGAUAUCUACGAUAAGACGGUCAAUUGUUCCGAGCGAGAAUUCGCCAUAUUCGAUACACCAAACGGAACAACCUGCGCAUCAUACCUGUCAGAUUAUCUCCAGGGAAUGGGUUCUGGAGCAAACCUCGUCAACCCAGACGCGACCUCGGGCUGCAAAGUCUGCCAGUACCGACAGGGCAGCGACUACCUUUACACUAUCAACCUAAAGGACUACUACUACGGCUGGAGAGAUGCUGCCAUCGUCGUCAUCUUCGCGAUCAGCUCGUACAGCAUGGUUUACCUUCUAAUGAGGCUGAGGACUAAAGCUACUAAGAAGGCCGAAUAGUCGACCUGUCAUUACAUAUGUUUCUAUAACAUACAAACUUUUCUUUUUUUUAUUGCUUAUGUUAUGGCCUUUUUUUUUUUUGUCAUUAAGAGUGGCAUUUACAACGCACUAAUUAGUAUGGUUAACAUAUUUCAUGAAACAUUAUAUAGGUAUAGACUUUAGAUUGGGGAUUAGGCGCUUGAGAUAGAUAUCAAAAGAUUCUAACUGCUAUGGCAGUUAGUUUAUU